CGCACCUACCCCGGCCCCGUCGAAGGAAGCUCAACAUCGUUUUCACUUCUGCAGUUGAAGCCAUACCCGGAGUUCUUGCCCCGCCCGACAUUAAACAACCGCACCGGCUGCAGCGACCCCAUUCCCGGCUUCCGAUUCAUGCAAUUGCACUGUGCCCAAGUAAUCUUUUCCCUCUGGCCGGGAGGAUUGUCUUCAUCGCCGAAUUAAACUAUUUGGAUUGUCUUUCUUUCAGUAGUCGUGUUGCUUUCUUCUAUGUUUCCUUUCUUCAUCCCGCUUCAUUAUAGUUGAAUUUAAGGUUAUACUCCAUUCUUGGUGGUGGGGAUUCGAACAAUACAGAAUUCACAACGUUAAUCGUCUCCAGCUUUGGUUACAUUAAAGUUCACUUCAUGGUGCUGCCGGCCUGUUCAGCGCGGAAGUAAAACUUGCUUUCAAACUUAACGGGACCAAAUACUGGUACAAAGGUUAAUUCUUCAUACCUCCUUUUAGCUUUGCAAACUGGGUCUUUGUGUGCUUGGUUCUGUAGAGGCCAGGAUUAAGUAAUAAGGUAGUAACUGUAAAGUUCUAUGCUUGCUCAUGCUCUUAUGGGUACAAUCAAUUCAACUGCUUUUGAAAGGAGAAGCCAAAAAGUUCAUUUUACCUUCUUCUAUUGCAGCUCAGCAUAAGAUUGAGAAAGUGAGCCAAAAUCAAAGUAGAAAAGGAGGCAUGGCUUAGUGGAGGAGAAGGCAGACUCAGGUAAUUCGACUUUUUGGGUUUUCAUUUCAAUUUGGUUGCUCUUAUGCGAUGGGUUCGUGUAUGAUCGAACUCGUGUUCAUGGCUUUUCCUGCCUUUCCUAAAUAUCAUACUUGGGGUCUUUGUAUUCUAUAAAAAUCAACUAUUUUUAUCAAUUCUUGCAGUGGGAGAACUAUGGAGUAGUUGAGCUUCAUAACUUCAGCAAUUCAACUAUCAGGGGUCCAUUUUCAUGAAAGUUAGAGCCUUGAACAGCUUAAGUCUGUUGUUUCUUUUUCUCUUGGUGGUGGUGCCAAGAUCAUCCGAGCUUAAUUUCUUAAACUGCAGGUCUGUCUGCGUCAUAUCUUCUGGGUUUGAAUGACUAAACCUAUGAUCAAGCUGGGGUGGGUGUAGAGGAAGUUGGUGUUGGUUAGAUGAUUGGUUUCCUUUUUGCCAACAACUUUGUUGGGUUACUUGCUUUGGUUGCUGUUAGGAAGAUAAAUGCCAUUUCUUAUGUGUUUGUGUUGCCCCAUUAUUUUGUGUUAGAUGCAUGCGCAUGGUUGAAAGUGAUAUGUUGUGGAACCUGGCAAUAUAUUUUCAUGCCUGCAGUUUCCCCGUCUCUUUUUCGGGGUAUGAGUUUUCUGGUAAUUUUUUUCUGCGAAUGACAGCUCUGUCUAGGUCUGCAAUUUAGAUUGGUGGGUUAAUUCUUGCUAUCGAGGUUUUCUUAUGUAGUGUUUGAUUUUCUCCUUUCGUUCAACUUGCUUUCUAAUUAAUUGGGAAAAGAAUUGGUGUCUUCCACUUAUCGAGUGCUUUGAAUCUAAUUAAUCUCAAUGGCCUCAAACAUCUAUACCUUCUGAAGGAUUUGACGGUGAGUUUUUGUGGUAUACUGAGAAACUACCCAGCCUGUCAAAUUUGGCUAGGUUACGGAAGCUUGAGAUUAUUGAUUGUCCACUCCUCUAUGAAAUCAAAGGGCUUGGUGAGGUUGGGGAUUUGUCGAUUCUACAGAUCAGAAGAUGUUAUCAGUUCAAUGGGGUGAUGGGGCUCGAUAGAUUGGAGUCGUUGCAAGAAUUGUUGAUUACUCAUAACCCGUCGAUUAUGAAGCUGCGUGGUUUAUCUGUUUUGGAGCACUUAUGGGUUCUGGCCAAGCAUAUCGAUUACAGGUAAUAGUUAGCGUGCAGAGGUAACUGGGUUUCGAAGAUAUUGAUGGAGUGGGACAACAACAAUUCGGAUCUGAGAGGCGACGAGGAGGAAAGCAGCUUCGACCUCAACGAUGGCGUUGGUCCAAUCCCUUUCCUGUCGAGAGCUUGCUUCAAACCGCGCAUUGUGGGUUCGUGGUCACGGAUGCUCUUGAGCCUGACCACCUAUCAUCUACCUCAAUACCGUAUUCGAGAUGGUUACUGGGUAUCAAGCUGAGGAGGUGCUCGACGCAACCGGUACGUCUUUUCUCUCCCUUUGUUUUGCUAAUUCAGAGCUGUGAUUUUUGGUUUAGUUCCUCGAUUUCGCACUGUUCAUAGGAUGGGGUGCGAUAUUGUUUUCGAGUGUUGUACAAUUUACACUUCAUAAUUCUAUGUAUUAUUGAUAGCGGAGAGUUUCAGAUGGGGUGAUUUAGAAAUUAUUAGAGUAGCCAUUCCAUGGGAAUUUUAUUAUUGGAUAUAAGGAAGUGAUGCUCGGUGUUGAAGGUGUUAUUUCAAAUCCAACUGUCAUUGUUAUGCAGAUUACCAUUAGUAUUUCUGCAUAGAAAUAUGGGUUACUAUUUGGUUUCACGUGCUUUACUCUCUGUACUUGCAUCUAUAUCCAACAUCAUGAAGGUACACAGUUUUAUCAUGUUCUUAAGGGUAAUUUUAGCGAGUAGUCUCAUCGUUCCGAUUCUAUAAUCAUAGUGUCGUCUGGCCUGGUCUUUGUAAUGGAAUUAAUUGUUAUGCUUGCCAUCAUGCCAUGACUUACAGAAUGCUAAGAAGGAAGAACCAAAACAUUAGGCAUAUGGAGAUAGGUGGUGAGUAGUAAGGCUCUGUGUGUGUAAUGCCUAAAGUGGGGGUCUCCUUGGUCUUAGUGCUCGGAUGCUGCGCUAACCGGGUAGUAUCUAUAGUAGUUGCAGCGGUAGCGGUGGCCAACUUAGACUGAAGUAGCUCCAAUGAAUCACCGAGCGCCAUUCCUCGACCCCGUCUCGCUCUAAUCGGCCUGAUUCGGUGCUAGAACUGUAAUGGAGAUGCGGAGCAUUGAAUCUGAGGCGGAUUCAACUAGGGUUUGACGGAAAGAAUGUUGGUUAGGCUGACGGAUGGAUCAAAUCUGCCAGAGAAGAUCUACAAGACGGAUCAGGUCAAGGCAGAGCAGGCGAGCCAUUGACCAUCAAACAUGUUGGGGUCGAAUGAGGAGCUCAGAAUUACAAAACUCAGGUACUCUUCUUUCCUAAUGAAAUUUCAUUGGUUUUUUUAUUCAUACAUGGUUAUAUAGAAAUCAUAGUUGGUAGAAAAAGAUAGAAUAAAAAACCUUUUUUGGGGACGUUCUUCUCCACGAAGAAUAAGCUAUGUAUGAACGAUAUGGGGCUCUUUUGCACUACAUAACCGUGGUGGGGAUAUGGCUGUGUAUGUUGUGUUGAUGCAUUGCAGUCCGCAAGUGCCUUGCUUAAUCACGAGGUUUGUUAGUUUUCCUUUAUUAAGUGUUUUAUCUGGCUUAGUAGCUUUUAGAAACCUCUUUGUCCGGCUGAAAAUGGAUGUUGUGUCAUUGUUGUAGUGGAUGGUUAGUCUUCAGUCAUAAGACAUUGAUUUCUAAUUUAGCUUUUGCCUUGAUGAUGGAUGUAAGAUGUACUACUGUACCCUUUGAUUUUGCUCCGUAAACAGUUAUAAGACAUUGAAAACUGAACUCCAGAAUUGCUUAUCACUAUUAGCGUUAGCCAACCACAAUUGGACCAUCUCCUCAUCAUGCGAAGAAUGACGAUUAUUUCAAUAAAGAAGUGCUUUCUUGGUUAGUUGAUGACGUUUCCUCACCUUCAACUAAUAUGGAUAUGUUGUUAGUUUCCUGCUUCUCUUUACCAUGAAGUUACCUGAAUGCGUUCUUCAUUUUGGUUGGUUAGAAUUCUAUUUAAAUGCAAUACUUAGAUAUUAGAAAGGGAAAGUGUUGUUCUUCUCUAAAUUUGGUUAUAUUUCUGUUGCCAGAUCAUGGUUGCGUAGAACUUGAUUGAUGAUAAGAUCUACCGAGUGAAAACCAUGAUCAUUCGUAGAGGCAGGAUAACUGAUGUUAUGAAAAGGGUCUUGAACAGUCAAGUUUGUCAUGGCACUGUUUGAAAAACACUACCAGAUGUCAGUAUGGUGAAUGAGCUAGGGAAAAAGGUUAGUCAAUAAUUGUAGAAAACUCAACUCUAUGAACUGAUUCCAUAGCACACUGUGAGAAUUUGUUAAAUCCCUUUUCAUAUCAGAGACAUUCCAUGAUGUUAUUUUGUUAUCCAAUACAAUCCUUUUGUGAAUUGGCAUUGAUCAUGUCUCUUCCUUUUAAUAUAUUUCAACGCCAGCCAGAAAGGAGCAACACAGAGAAGAAAAACAAGAACAUGAAGGUGUCAAAUUUUGAAGUCAUGAUCAUGCCUUGAAUAGUAGUUUACAAGAUGUUGCACCGUCUAGCAUUGGGGUUAAAUCUCUUCAUACAUAUAUAAUGUACCACAGAGUUAUUUCUGUAGAUGAAUUGAGCUUUCUUUCCCCAUUUAGAAAAUGUUAUUUUUGAAUUGUCAAUUAGUUAGAUUAGAAAAAUGUGACUGUUAUUCGUAUUUGUUUGUGAAUCUAUACAAAUGUUUAAUUUAUAAGUUUGGUUUGACGGUUUGCCAGAAAAGUAGAACGAAAAUAAUUAUUUAGAAGCAAUAACUCAUUUAUGUUUCA